AUGCUGGGCUUGCCUUCAGUUUCGAGGGGGCCCUCGGGGGCCUCGAGAGGCAGCAUCGCGGCACUCCCAGGGAGACGUUCCAUCUUGCCUCCAAUUGAGGUUGGCUUUGGUGGCGCACGCGGCUCUACGCGGGAAGGAAGGGACGGAAGGGAAGGACGGGAAUCGGUGCUGGACCCGCUAGAUGUCGGCACCGCGCGCCGGGUCUCAAUAACUGCGACCUCCACAGAGAUGUCGCAGGAAAUCGUCUCAAAAACACUUUCGGCGAUGAAGCUGUUCAAGGAUUUCGACCCUGCAGUCUUACAGAUGAUUCCCGAGAUUGUGACGUCCAUCAUGUGUCAGGCUGGAACGGUGCUGUUCAAGCAGGGUGACCCGCCCGGGAGCUGCUAUGUGGUGAUUGCGGGAACGGGCACUGUUCGGGUGGCCGAGACCGACUUCCUACAGAGCUUCCUUCCGGGUCAGAAGACCGUGGAUGGGUUCAGCCGGUACCAUGACGACACGAACCUGGGGAACCGCAUCUCGAAGCUGGGGCCCGGCAGCGUGGUGGGUGAGCUCGCGCUGAUGAACGAUCAGCCUCGCCUGGCUUCUGCCAAGUGCUUGGAGGACACGGAGGUCUUCGUGAUCCGCCGGCACGACUUCGACAACGUCCUCAAAGAGGAGAUGGUCAAGAAGGGUGAUGAGAAGCUGAAGUUCCUGAUGCGGCACCUGCCCGGGAUGAAGGAGGUGCCUGUGCCGAAGCCCGGGGGGAAGCCCCACGCCUCCUAUGUCUUCAAGCACGCGAAGUUCCCCCGCGGCCACACCUUCCUCGUUCAAGGCAAGAUCGCCGAGCCGCAUUUUUGGGCCGUGUACAAGGGCGCUGUGGAGUUCAAAAGGGCCGAAGUCCUUUUCCUGGAUAAGCUCGGCGCCGGCGGCGGUGAGUGCAGCAUGCCUCAGCUUCGUUCCGGUCCCCUCCGCCCGCUCAGCGCGCUGAAGGGCAACAAGAAGACGCUGUCCCAGCCGCGCCUACAUGGCAUCGGGCGAGACGGGAACGUGGCUGUGGAGGCCAAUGACUCCAACCCAAAGGGCGUGAUGAGCCGCCGGGGGGUUUUGGUCGCCGGUGGCGUCUUCGGCUCGCUGCCGUUCCCGGCACCGGAGCCCUUCACCGUCCGCGUCACGUCGCCGACGUGCGAGGUGUUCUUCAUGACCAGUGUGGACUUCCCGAAGAUUCCCAGGAAGCUUCUGGAUGUCCUGAAUGAGUAUGUUGCGUCCUCCACAACCUGGCGCCUGGGGUGUCAUCAGAGGAGCACCGAGUUGCGAAAGAACGGUCGGGGGGGCCGAGAUGCGAAGCUGCCGGAAGAGGACAAGUCGCAAUGGAUGUCUUCCACAGAUGACAACGAGCUUGUGGAAGAAUGCCGCGAAGUGAGAAGGAGUCACUUUGAAGAUUUUCAGAAGGCAGCGUUCCCGGGAACUUGA